GAAAAAUAAUUCACAUUAACAUUUAAUAAAAUUAAAAUAUGUUUAUUAUAAUUCACAAAUUUUGAUGGGUCAAAGGAGAUAUACCAUUUCUUAACGACAAAAUUUGAAAAAUGAAGAAGCCAUAUAUAAUAGAGAAGAUUACAAAAUUCAGCUUGAAAAAAGUAAUCUCUCAUGAGAGGUUACUCUAUUAUGGUUUUCUUUACCAAAUUUAUUAGAGAUUUAACAAAAAUGAACUGUGUCACAAAGGCGUGAUUGAGAAUACUAGUGAAAUAGAGUCGUCGUUUUUCCUCGGGUAUUUUACCAAGAAAAGAAGCAUGCUUUGCUUGCUACCAGAAAGGUAACUGUGCAGCAUUUCAUCCAACACCAACUUAUACAACUCUUUCGACUAUUUGACCAAAGGCCCAAACUCCGAUCACCAAAGACGCCGGAACCCGCUGACUAUGCGCUGCGUGUAUAAUAAUAAUGUACCUGUCGGUGUCGGAAAGGCCUCGCCCCAUCGAUUUCUAUAAAGGAUCGCCGGAAUUGGUGAUGGACGUCACUUCCACCGUGGACCACCUCCAACAUCCGCCGGCGCCACAGCAGCAGCACCACCAGAUGAUUUUGGCGGAGAGUAGUGGGGAGGACCACGAAGCCAGUCGGGCUCCGAAGAAACGGGCCGAGACAUGGGUCCAAGAUGAGACCCGGUGCCUGAUUAGCUUCCGGCGUGAGGUGGACUCGCUCUUUAAUACCUCUAAAUCGAAUAAGCAUUUGUGGGAGCAAAUCUCUAACAAGAUGAGGGAAAAGGGUUUCGAUCGUUCUCCCACCAUGUGCACUGAUAAGUGGAGGAAUCUCCUCAAGGAAUUUAAGAAAAUGAAGCAGCAGGAUAGAGGGAGCUGUGCUACUGGCGGUUCAUCGGCGGCAACGGCUGCGGCGGCUGGAAAGAUGUGGUAUUAUAAGGAGAUUGAGGAAUUGCUGAGAGAGAGGACUAAGAAUGGUUCCCAAAAGAGCCCUCCUUGUCCCCAACCAACCUCUACUUCUUCCAAGGUGGAUGCUUUCAUUCACUUCUCAGACAAAGGUCUUGAGGAUGGAGGUAUUCCAUUUGGCGUGGAAGCUAAUGGAAGAUCAGCCGUGAACCUCGAGACACCCUUAGAUAACGACGGGGAUCCUCUUGCUAUAACUGCUGCUGAUGCAGUUACAACCAAUGGGGUUCCUCCAUGGAACUGGAGGGAAAGCCCUGGAAGUGGUGGCGAGGGACACCCUUCGUGUGGAGGGAGGGUUAUAACAGUGAAGUGGGGGGAAUACAGAAGAAGAAUUGGUAUAGAUGGAUCCAGUGAUGCCAUUAAGGAAGCAAUCAAAUCUGCUUUUCGUUUGCGUACUAAAAGGGCAUUUUGGUUGGAGGAUGAGGACAAUGUUAUCCGGAGUCUUGAUAGAGACAUGCCUCUGGGAAAUUACACUCUCCACCUUGAUGAAGGUACCAUAAAAAUGAAAACCUAACAUUUGUUGUGCUCUCUAUGACCCAUAGUAAUGGCUCCUUUUUUUUGUGCCAUUCAUAUAUGUGUAGGUAUUUCUUUCAAGGUCUGCCUAUACGAUGAUUCUGCAGUUCAUACGGAAGACAAGACAUUGUAUACGGAAGAAGAGUUUCGCGACUUCUUGACUCGGCGUGGCUUGAUUGGUUUGAGAGAGAUCAAUGGCUAUAGAUGCUUUAGCAAUAUAGAUGAUCUUCGGCCAGGAGGAAUGUAUCAAGGGGUGAGAUUACUAGGGGACUAGAAUUGCUCCUACAAUUGAAAUGGUAUAGAACCAAUUGCUCAAUAACAUUGUUAGAACUUUAGCAUUGGGGAUAUAUACAUUUCUUGUUUGUAUAUUGUAAUAUGCCGUACACCCAAUUUUUAGAUUUUAUUAUUGUGGAUUACUCUGAGAGUUUCUCACUUUGUAAAGUUGUGUUGUGAUCAAUUUUUAAGCAUUUUGAUUACGUUUA